AUGCAUUUCAUAAUAUAUCCAGUUGGUCUCACCAUCAUUUUGGCUUUUCAUUCAGUACCUCUCGUCGUCAAGCUGACUUCCUACUUCUACAACACCCGAGCUAAGCAAAAGAUAGCUAUGGAAAGGAUUGAGCAAAACCAGACUGCCAUGCAAAAGGAGAUGGAUCUAGUGAGGGCCCAACUAGGGCAACUCAUGGACAUCAUGCAGAACGUCAUCCAUCGACAAGAAGAGAAUCGUCAGGCUAACCCAGGGGCCAAUGUCAACAUGAACGCUGCUAAUCCCAUCAUAGGGAAUGGGGUCCCGAUCGCCAAUCAAACCCAUGUAGAAGGGAUGCCUAACAAUCCAAAUGUUGCUAACACUUACCAUGUCCCUAUCCAUGGGGGUUCCCAAGCUGGUACAGAGGACCACGACAGAGACUUCUUCAUGCAUAGGAACGAGUCAGUGUACGAACCUUUCGGGCCACCACAGAAUGAGCUUGAAAGGAAACUCAAGAUGAUGGACGAAAGAGUCAGAGCCAUUGAGGGCCCUAACACCUUCGGGCUGGAGGCUGCAGAUAUGUGCUUAGUCCUAUGGAUCAAGAUCCCAGAUAAGUUCAAAGUACCCACCUUCGAGAAAUAUCAAGGAAAUACCUGCCCCAAGACCCAUGUCAGGUCUUACUGCAGGAAAAUGGCUGCUUAUUCGGGCGAUGAAAAAUUACUGAUACAUCUCUUUCAAGACAAUCUUAGCAGAGCAUCCCUCGAAUGGAACAUGCAGCUUGAACGCUCGCAUGUGCGUUCUUGGAGAGAGUUAGAUGAAGCUUUCUUGAAGCACUACCAGUAUAACACUGACAUGGCGCCAAAUAGGACGCAACUUCAGAGCUUGGCUCAGAAAUCUAAAGAAUCCUUCAAAGAAUACGAACAGCGUUGGAGGGACCUAGCUGCUAGGGUCCAGCCACCUAUGCUUGAGAAGGAACCGGUUGAUAUGUUCAUGGGGACACUUCAGGGGCCCUACUAUGAGAAGCUGGUAGGGAGUACAUCGGCUGGGUUCUCUGAUCUGGUCAUUGCUGGCGAAAGGAUUAAGAGCGGUGUAAAGGCUGGAAAAAUCCCGAGCCUUGCUAAUGUUGCCAAUGGGGCGAAGAAACCUUAUAGUAGGUUUCCCAAGAAAAAAGAGGGAGAGACCAACGCUGCAUCAACCUCCAAGGGGAAGGGUAAAGCUUACCGAACCCCAUAUUAUCAAGCUCAGGGAAGCCAGGCCUCCGCCGUUCCCACUCCCACCAGGCUACAACGCAAAUGUACGAUGUGA